AUGGCAUUGGAUACUUUGAACACAACAGUGGUUUCUCCAAUCUAUUAUGCAUUGUUCACUUUGUUUACAAUAUUAGCCGGUGCAAUCAUGUUUAAGGAUUAUUCAGGACAAAGUAUGAGCAGUAUUGCAUCAGAGCUAUGUGGUUUCAUCACUGUUUUAUCUGGAACAACUGUAUUGCACUGCACUAGAAUACCAGAUCCUCCCGUCAGUACCGAUGUGUACAGUCCCCUGUCACCAAAACUUUAUCAGCAUUACAAACAUAAUGAAGAACAGAUCAAGAAUGGAAUCUUUGGUGUCGGACUGUCGUGUUCAGUUGGAACAGAGCAUAUAAUACCGUCAAAAGUGACGAAAUACGGUUCAAAUGGAAGAACCGUUCCUUCCUUCUUUCCAUGGUUGGACUAUGCAACAAAAUAUCCUUUUUCUGAACUCUUUAAAGCAAGACCACCUUUAUGGAACACGGCGUUGCAAAGAGAGUCUUUUGAUGAUGACGAGUUUGAACACUUUGAAGAUGUUAUAAAAGAGACUGAUAAAGAACCUAUAACCGUAUCAGAUAAAAGUGAUGAACCUGUAACUGCAUCUGAUAAAAAAGGGUGA